UACUUGUAUUGUAACAUUAAUAUUUAGUAACACCAUGUUUUGUGCGGAAAAGAACUCUUACCUGCAGCUGGUCUGCGCCAUGGAGCCGCGGGUUAUCAACAAAGCGGUUGAGAGUGCUAUGGGGAAAAAGGUUAUAGACUCGUCUUGUGCCAACGAGCUCGUAGCACCAAUCAAGUGCAAGUGUGACAAGUACUUAAUUUCAUUGGACCCGCCACCCAGCGCCAAAUUCCACCCGCUCGGCCUGAUGUCAGCCAGGCCGUCGACAUACGCGCCACAUGUCGACAUAACUCGCGCUCGCCUCGGCUUCGGCCGGGUAGGCUUGAGGCUGCUCAACCGAGACCUGCACUCGCCAGACUAUCUUAUACAACUGCAGGCGAUACAUACUGUUUUGGAUCAGGUGCAAAUAUCAGAGAACGCCAUGUUCCUCAUAAAACUGAACGUGGUCCACCGUCUAACGGACUUGCUGGAUAACAAAGACCCGGUGAUUCGAGAGAAGAUUUGCCUGAUUCUGACGCAUCUGGCAGGCUAUCACCAGGGCAGGCAACGUCUUAACGAGUGUCCGAAUCUCUAUUUCAGGCUCAUGUGGCUUUUUCUGAGAGACAGGAAAGAAAUAAGAUUCGCCGCAGCAUACACUUUCAGAACGCUCUGCAGAGAUCGCUGUGCCUGUGAAGCUAUAUGCAAAGUCGACGAUUUAAUAGAAAACAUGCUAAAAAUCAUCAAAAACGAGUAUACAGGAAUUGUCUUAAUACAUUUAAAGAGUUUGAAGAAUCUCUUUGAAUACGAUCCCGUCGUGCCGCUAAAAGCGAACGCGUUUCAAAUAAUGUUAAGCCUAUUUUCAAAUGCAGACCCCAGAAUAGUUUCAGAGGCAAUGGAGUGUAUGUCACAACUUUGCAAGCACGAUGUCGGGAAACUAUUAGCUGACCAGUACGAUUUGACAUUCGUUUUACGGCCAUACCUGAUUUGUAAGGACUAUGAUGUAGUUAUGAGCGCUGUUGGACUGAUGUGUUACACGACUUUGACGAAGCGUUCAAAAUGGCGGGCGAAAGAGGUUACAAAAGAGUUGACAACGAAUUUAAUGCAUUUAUGUCACACCCCAACGCUUCCGUUGCUCCAGUUGAGAUCUAUGCAAGUUUUGAUAAACUUGUGCGACUGUCCUGAUAUAAGGAAGUAUAUUCAAUAUACUUGGAAACGUAAAGUUCAAUUGAUCAUGAUAAGAACUCACGAGGAGUGGGACGGUACUAUGGAAACGAGCAGUAUGGGAAUAGAGACGGGGCAUAAUUAUAGGACCAUGUGUAUAGAGGGCGCUGAGACCAUUAAGAAUGAUUACGGGGAUAACGCGGAAGUGGUGAACGUACAUAGUUAUUUGAGGAGGAUGCAGGGGAAGAAGAAUCAGUUGUUAAAGGCUAUCGAUUGGAAACCAUACUCGUAGACAUUUGUU